AUGUGCGAGACGUGCCGGCGCCUGGCGGUGACAACAAGCGCAUGCGUGGGAUGUGCCGGCGGCCGGCCGUUGAGGAGGGCGCUUGAAUUGUUACUGGAGAGCGGGAGGCCUCCCCCCGCCACCCGGACCCCAGAUGGAAGAAAGAGAGCCGAAGGGCGGAUGUGAGCAUUCUGGCAAGCCCCACACUUAACCAGCCCCCUUGAACUGGCUAACCUGCCAGGUCACUUUGGAAGACAGUUAAGAGUCAACUGUCUCAAGUGCGAAGAAAUCUCACUUCCUGCGUCCUCAAUGCUGAUGGCUUUUGAGCUACAUGACAAAGGUCACUGACUGCCUGACAAGGCCAGCCGAACCGAGUAGUAGCUGCUGCAUUAAUAAGGUCCCGCUCCCUGGUUGCCGGGGAGAGAGGGGGGGGUGGGGGACGUAUGGCCAUGUCCCAGACGGUGGGGUUCCGAGUGGGAGCGGAGUUCUCGUCGUACAGCGAGCUGCACCGGGAGUUCCGCCGCUACCAGAGGGACUGCGCCGUGCAGCUCUGGACCAGGCACUCACGCACCAUCGAGGCGCAGAGGCGGAGGGCGCCCAAACGGCCCAUGAACGACGCGCUGAGGUUCGCCGAGAUCGACUAUGCCUGCAUCCACGGGGGCAAACUCUUCAGGGCGAAAGGCACCGGAAAGCGGACAAACCAGAGAACCAACAAGACCAAGUGUCCCUGCGUUAUCAAAGUUCGCCUCUCUCCAGAUGGAGACAAGUUUGUGGUGAAAGAGAUGAUCGAAUCACAUAACCACACAGUACAAGAGACUGAGCGGGAACGCUUCCCACGACAGAGACGGUUUGACAGUGCAGUCCAGAGGAGUAGGGCAGAUAUUAAGGAGAACGUGGGGGUUGCAGCGCAGCAGGGAAUUCCCCGGGACGAUACCUGCAGAGAGAAGGGGAGCCCGUGCAAGACAAACCGGACAGACCUGGAGAAGAUGGUGCCUCCACUGGCAGCUGUCAAGGAUGCCACGGUGGUGGUGGUGGUCAGCAAGGCGAACGUGCUGCAGGCCAUCUACUUCCAGGACAACAGCAUGAAGCGGACAUUCGAGAGGUUCCCGGAGGUGCUGCUCAUGGAUGUCACCUACAAGUGGGAUACCCUGCGGCUGCCCACCUUCCUGCUGCUGGUGAUCGAUGGUAAUGGCGAGAGCGAGCUGGUGUGCAUGUGGUUUGUCCAGAGCGAGGAGCGCGAGACCAUCAAGCAGCUGCUGCACAUCUUCAAGCAGAAGAACCCGGCGGCAGAGAGGAUCCAGACGGUCAUGUGCAGCGGAAAGUCCAACCAGGGCGAGGUCAUCUCCGAGGUGCUACCGCACAGCAAGCCCAUCACCUGCCUCUUCCACACCCUGCGGACCUUCCAGACAGACAUCACCACUGACAAGCUGCAAGUGACAGUCGGACAGCGGAACCUGCUGCUGGAGAUCCUGCAUAACAUGUGCUACGCAGCGUCGGCUGAGGAGUACGAUCUGUUGUACCAUCAGCUGCUGGACACCAACGCCCAGCGGGCGAUCGACUACUUCCACCGGCAGUGGCACGGCAGCCGCGGGCAGUGGGUGGAGAGCUUCAAGCAUGAGGGCGAGACCUACCUGACCAGCACCGUCAAACGGGUGGAGCUGCUGAGCCAGCAGCUGCAGGCCCGGCUGGGCAAGCCCGCCGACUCUGCCAGCCUGGCGGAGGGCCUGCUGAGGGCGUUGGGCGGCCUGCGGGCCGAGAGCGAGGGCCGGGACGGCCAGCAGCAGCUGCGGAGCCCACCGGCGGAGUCCAGCCCGGUCGCCGCGGCCUACUGGGAGCUGCUGACCGGCUACGCCUUCGCACGGGUGUGUCGCGAGCUGGAGGAGGCUGAGUGGGUGAGCUUCCUGAGCGCCGGGCCCGAGCGGGCACGGCCCGCCUGCCGCCGCCGGGCACUGCUGACCGGGACCGGCGGCUGCCAGUGCGCCUUCCGCACCGCCAUGAAGCUACCGUGCCGGCACCUGCUGGCGCUGCGGCGGCUGCGGGGGCAUGAGCUGUACGACCCGACGCUGUGCUCACCACGCUGGAGCCGCCAGCACUGCCAGAGGGACCAGCCGCCGCCGGCGCUCCUCCUGCCAGAGUCCGAGCCUGUCCCUGCCCAGCCGCCAGCAGCUGCGCCCCCCUCGCUAGGGGAGCAGACCCCAGCGGUGGCAGCCACCGCUGCGCAGCAGGAGCGCUACAGCCAGGCGUACCGGCUCUCCCAGAAACUCUCACUGCUCGCGGCCGGCUGCCCCGCCGAGGAGUUCGACAGCUGCCUGGCCGUCAUGACCACCGUCACCAACAUCUGGGCUCGGGGCGGUCAAGUGCAGGUCACCGAGAUAAACGUGACUCGCCCAGGAGAGGACAAACCGCCCACACCCGAAAACAUGCCAAGCGAGGUUAACAACACAAAUCAGAACUGAGUUUAAACCCAGCGCACGUCGGACAAGAGAAACUCCUCACGUUCACCGGGGAUGGAUUGCCCUUACUCUGAUCCGGCUUCAGGAUGUGUACAGAUGGAUUAGGCUCAUACACUCACCCCUCAGACACGCUCGUCCGUGAUCCUCACUGCACAGCGGGCUGUCUCACUCGGCCUUCGGUUUGACUGUGAAGUUAAUUCAUUUGAAGGCCUGAAGCUCAGUUGAAUUGGCCUGUCAUAAACAAGGGAGGGAUUCUGUGGUGAUCCUGGUGCCACGAUUUGUGAGGGGAAUUGCCAGUUUGUUCCCAUCAGUAAGGUGUUUAACUCUCAAUGGAUGAGAGUCUAAACGUAACAAGAGGAAGAGAGGCAAGAGCACUGGACUUUUAAGCCCGAACAGUCGCAAAUGCAGAGUGUGUGAGCAGAGAGCCAUGUUGAAGUCAAGUGUGUCCACACCUUUGGUAUGUUUCUGACAAUGGCAUUGACGGGCAAGAUAGGUUUGUUCAAACUGUUGAACAGAUACUGACACUUCCCUCAUUCCGAGGCACAAGCAUCUGUUUUUCACGAAGGAGCCUGGAGACAGGUAUGGAUGGACGGAUGGAGAGGCUGCCAUCUGAUCAGGCCCGUGACUGAAGCUGGAACAGUAAAAGGCCAUUCAGCCCCUUAUGACCAGGGAUUGUUGGGCAGUGAGUUGACAGAAUCCUCCCUACCCUCCUGCCAGCCUGUAUUACUUAGAAACUAUCGCACCCUCCCCACCCUCAAAGAAAAAGCAAGUUUAAUGGAGCAAGACCUUUAUUGCAGGGCCACGAAUGGAACUUGUGUCUUUCCUGAUCAGUUGUGAUCAUGCAGCAUCCUUUGCAUGUCCUUCCCUUACUCGGACAGAAUGGGAGAAACGGGAGGUUCAGCACAUCCUUCAGGUAAAAACAGAAAAGGUCAGAGACAUGCAGUGCCUGGAAAGAGCAGAGAGAUUAUAACAUUUAAUCCAUGUGUAACCCUUCAAAUUCCAACAGGUUCUGCUUCAAUAUGGGAUCAGUAAGAACUGUUCUCUAAAAUUAUCAAAGGAUGUACACUUCUCAGUUAAGGAUUGAGGAUUUGGACUUUACUGACAAUGUGCUUUACAGAUUCCCAACAAUCUCUCUGCUCUUCACAGACACUGCAUGUCUCCUGCUUCUACCUAAAGGAUGUGUUGAACCUCCCAUUUCUCACAUGCUGUCCUAAUAAGGGAAGGCCACUGCAAAGGAGAAAUCAGCCAACUCUCUGCCCAACAAUCCCUGCUGAUCUCAUGAGGGGCUGAAUGGCCUUUUACUCUUCCUACUUCAGUCACAGGCACGAUCAGAUGGCAGCCUCUCCAUCCACCAGUCCAUACCUGUGACCAGGCUCCUGAGGGAAGAAUAGGCUUGUGAGGUGCCAACACUGUAUUCCCUCCCCACUCUUUCAUUCCCACUCUCCCCCCUGUCUCUCACUUGCUCGCCCCCUCUCUUGUUCUCUCUCCAUUACUUUGUCCUUUCCCUCACUGUUGUGCUACUUUCUUUUCUGUUGUUUCCUUUCUCCCUGGUGCACUCUGCCUUGCCUCAUGGUCCUUUCUCAUUUUCUCCCGUUGCUAAAUCUGACCUAAAAGCAAAAAGGGCCAGGGAAAUUCAGAGGGCCUGGUAACAUCUGCAGAGACAGAGAAACAGUUAACUUUCUGAGUCCAAUAUGACCCAAAUUCAGAACUCAGUUCUUCAGAGCAUGUUACAGAGAGUCAUUAGACUCCAAAUGUUGGGUUUGUUUCUCCCUUCACAGGUGCUGCCAAACCUGCUGAGUUUCUCCAUCACUUCCUGUUUGCAUUACAAAUCUGCACCUACAUUAUUUUUGCUUUUAUCUUCAUCUGACCAGUUCUCCCAAAUUUCUGGCAUUCUCUGUGCCCUGUUUGCUUUGCCUCCUUGCCAGACAGUUGAGUCUAAAUUGUUGAGAUUCUCUUCCGAGCUCCGUGCAAUGGCUGAUUCUUUCUGAUCAAUGUACCCGAUUGAUUCUCAUGUGAAUGAAAUUUUUAUUAAUACAUCAGGUCUUUUUGGAUACGCGAAGCAUUGUUCCAACAAUGUUGGGAUAGCUCUAUGUAUAGCACUGGUUUGAAUUAACUUCCUUUAGUGUGUGAAAGGUCCGAUGUGAUUGUGAAUUAUUCACACUUUUUAAUAAUGUAGUGGGGCUCAUCUAUAGAGUGUUUUCUGUACAAUAAAGGCUUUUCUUUCACAAGCAA